UAAUAAACCGAGACGUGACUCUCCGGGGCGAAUCCCUGCCUACGUCACUGUUGUCCUUUAUAAAUAGGCUGAACAGAGAGUCUGCUCAGACUAAAGCAAAACCGUCUUUUUGACUACAACGACUUUUCAGAAGAAGGAUUACUGGUUUGCCUCCCUUGAAUUUAUCUACCUGCACCGAAUCCUUGGUAUAAGCAAAAUGACUUUGAACAAGGGUGAUAAACUGCGGAAUAUGGACAAGAGGAGGGGAAGCGUGCCGUUUCCCAUGAAUCUACCCAACCUACACAGGAGAAGCAUGCCUGUGGACGACCGGGACCUGCGCACAGCGAUGCCACAGACAGGACAACCCGAAGAGCUGUCCAACCUAUUGCGCUGCAUGUCCUAUUCCCCCAGCGAGCAGCACCGGGGCAGCUGCGCAUCGGACUCUUCCGACUCUGUCAUCUCAACGGGCAGUGAAACAGACUCCCAGGUGUACAAGGUGGUUCUGCUCGGCGAGCACGGCGUCGGCAAGUCAAGCCUUGCGCGCGUCUUUGGAGGAGUUGAGGAUGCCGGUCACGACUGCGAAGAAGCAGGAAACACAUACGAUAGAUCUCUUGUGGUAGAUGAAGAGGAAGCUUCCAUCGUAUUGUACGACAUCUGGGAACAGGAUAACAGCCAAUGGCUAAAGGAGCAGUGCAUGAGGAUGGGAGACGCCUACAUCAUUGUGUAUUCAGUCACCGACAAAUCGAGCUUUGAGAAGGCAUCAGAGCUUCGUAUUCAGCUGCGCCGGGCCAGGCAGUCAGAAAACAUUCCCAUAAUCCUUGUGGGCAACAAGAGUGACUUGGUGCGGUCCAGAGAAGUGUCAGUAGACGAAGGAAGUGCGUGUGCUGUGGUAUUCGAUUGCAAGUUCAUCGAGACAUCUGCGUCUCUUCACCACAACGUUCAGGCCCUAUUUGAAGGUAUCGUCAGACAGAUCCGCCUGAGGAAAGACAGCAAGGAGGAGAACGCAAGACGCAUGGCCAACUGCAGGCGUAGAGAGAGCAUCGGGAAGAAGGCUAAACGGUUUCUGGGCCGCAUGGUUGCACGCAAGAACAAGAAGAUGGCUUUCAGGCAGAAAUCAAAGUCCUGUCAUGACCUCACUUUGGCAGUACUUCACACGUUUGCACCAUGUUCUGCGGCAAAUGUUAAAAUUGGGGUUCCUGAAAACUACGAUGGUAUUUUCCCCUGGUAUCUAACUAAGCUCCACAACCUGCCGACUAAUUACAGUGACCUGAUGUUAACGGGAGAUGAUGAGGGCAUAUUUGGAGUCGAUGCCCAGUUUCUGUACGCUAUAAAGCCGCUGGACAGAGAGAAACAGCCCUCUUAUUCUCUGCAGGUGUCCUUCAGACCCUCAAGCGUCCUUCAGAACAUCAGAACUUCGGUGCCUCGUCAGAGCUUCACUGUUGAAGUGUGUGUCAUCGACAAGAAUGACAAUGUGCCCACAUUCAUAGAGGAGAGCAUGAGAGGAAGUGUGCAACUUGGGCUUCUAAAAGGCAUCCCUUUCAUGCAAGUGGAGGCGCUGGAUCGUGAUGAACGCAACACCGCCCACGCUGAGCUGCGGUUCAGCCUGAUGGAGCAGACACCCAGGAUUCCCUCCAGUCAAAUGUUCUUCAUCGACUUCAUCACUGGGGAGGUUUCCCUCACUGAAGAAGGAGCCUCUACUCUGGACCCAGAGAUGUGUGGCCGUUACAAACUCUCAGUGAUGGUGAAGGACAUGGCCGGGAAGGCAAACGCCUUCUUCACCACCGGCCUGGUCACUGUGGAGGUGACCGGAAACACCUGGGCAUCACCCGAUCCUGUGAGACUUCAGGAGAACCUCCCAGGGCCUUACCCCAUACCCAUAUCACAGGUCAAAUGGAGUGGAAGUCAGGCAGAGUACAGUCUGGAAGGGGAAUUUCCAGAGAUGCUGUUCACCAUCAGCAGAGAAGGGGUCAUUUAUCUCAAUGCCCCCCUGGACAGGGAGACACAGGACCAGUUCCAAAUAAGCAUUGUGGUUGAGCGUCCAGAUGGCAGAGAGAUCGCCAAGCCUGUGGAGCUGAGGGUGAUGGUGGGGGAUGCCAACGACAACAGACCCACCUUUCCACAGGCUCAGUACCACACGGUGGUCAAGGAGCUGGCUCCUCGGGGGACAGAAAUCCUGACAGUGCAGGCAGCCGAUAAUGACGAUCCCAAGACAGACAAUGUUAGAAUAUUCUACCGUUUGGUUGGGCAAAUUCCAGAGAGUCCUCGUGCCCUUUUCAGAGUGGACCGGGACUCGGGCGUCAUCUCUGUCCAGGCAGACAGUAUGGAGGGAACAGCCCCACAGUACACCCUCACCAUUACGGCAGAGGAUGCCAAAGGUCUGAACAGCUCCUGCACCGUGGUGGUGACCGUGCAGGAUGAAAACAACAACCCACCAGUCUUCUCGCAACAUGAGUAUGGACCUUUUCACAUCCCUGAGGAUGCUCCAGUGGGAACCACAGUGACAGCCUUGCUGGCAAGAGAUGCAGAUGUUCGAGGCGGAGACAGCUGGCAAGUGAACUACCGUUUGGACUCUGGGAAUGAAGAGGAUGUCUUUACAUUAGCGACAGACACGCAGACCAAUGAAGUCUCACUUGUGCUCUCUAAGGUGUUGGACUUUGAACGUGAGAGCGAGUACAUCCUAGUGCUUAGUGCUCAGAAUCCAGUCGCUCUGGUCCGUGGCCGAUAUGGCCCUGCGUCCUCAGCAACCGUCUCUAUUUACGUUGAUGAUGUGAACGAGGGUCCAAUCCUGUCUCAAAGUCAUUACGAGGUGACUGUGAGGGAGGGGGAGGAACCAGGACGGGUUAUCGCCACUAUCCGAGGUUACGACCCCGAUUCUCACCCCAUAAGAUAUUCACUCCAAGGCGACACUAAGAAAUACUUCUCGAUCGGGAAGUAUUCUGGCGAGCUGAAGACUGUGCAGGCCCUGGACAGAGAAGAGAACAGCACGUACACCAUGGAGUACUUGUGCACGCCUCGGUGGGAGGACCAAGCUCUGGUUCUGGCUUCCAGAGACAGCGAUGGUCCACAACACGGGGGUCGACUCAAUUUCUCCCUCCGGAGCGAUGCCACAGUUCGACGUAACUGGAAGCUAACUCCCAUUAAUGACACUCACACCAACCUUUCUUUAAACAUCCCAUACCUGGCCCCUGAGGUCUACACCGUGCCAUUCACCAUCUCCGACAGCAGCUCUCCUCCCAGGAGCACCUUCAUAAACUUGCCAGUGACAGUUUGUCCCUGCAACGUCAGAGGGAACUGCAAAAUGGCCGCCAAACCAUUGGAAGGCAUGCCAACUAUUCAGUCGGCAGUGGGAACUCUACUGGGCACCUUUACAGUCAUAGGAACCAUCCUCAUUGUUAUAUUUGUGAGACUGUCGUAUCAGAAUCCCAAACAGCCCAGCAAAACUGACCAGGAAUGGGUCCCUCUGAAGACUACUGUCUGAUGUGGAUGAGGAUUAUUUUGUCUCUAUCAUUGUCUGACUAUCUGUAUCAUUAGCAUGUGGCACAGUCUACACAGUCUAGUGUUGUGAAUUUCUAAACUACAAUCAUCAGUCAUUUAAUUAAAGUGCAGGAAACACAUUUUAGUUCGGUCUGGUCUAUGUAGAGUGCUUAGGCCUGUCCCUAGGACAUGAUGUUUGCUCAUGGUAUUGUUUCAGUUUGUCAUUCUUUUUUAUUUUUUAUUAUAAAGCUGUUUAUUCAUUUGGAUUAUUUUUCUUAUCUUUAUCACAGCAUUACUAUGAAAGUAUAAGAAAUCAAUAUAUAUAUAGGUGAAAUGUUUUUUGAUAGUCUCUAAUUUUAUUCUUUAAAUACUAGUUUUUCUGCUGUUUUGACACUGUGUGCACCUGCUAAUCAUUCAUGCUGUAAACACUUGAGAUGUGAGCUAUGAUGUUGCUUCUUUGAGUGCUGAUUGUGUUAUGCUGUAGCAAAAGAUUGUUGGUACAUCAGAAAUCAGAAGAGAACAAUCCUGUAAAUGUUAUCAUAUACUGUCAUUUCACACAUCAGUUGAAUUAAACCAUGCGGAAAGCACCACAUAAAGACCAAAUUUCAUUAAGCUUCUCGUGAAAACGUUUGUUGUGUUAAUUCUUUCUGUAGUGUGUGCUUGUUUGUAAGAUGCAGAUGUGACCAUCUUUGCCCGGGUCGGUGCAUCAUCCUUCUUUACAGCUUCUGUCUUCCACAUAAUAAAGCGAA